AUGGCAUACUGCUACAGAAACACAUUCGGCCGCACCGUCUGCCGAGGCAGCAGAUGGGGAAACUGGGGAAGAUGGGUUCUGCUCGCAGUGGUAAUUGGUGUUGUCCUUCUCAUCGCCCUCCUAUUCGCUUGCAUCUCCGCGCGUAAACGCCGCAAAAACGGACGAAAGCCCUUCUACGGGACCGGCUGGGCAGCUCGCGGCCCGGUCACCCACGCGACGGAGAAUAAGCCGAAUGUUUAUGCGGAACAAGGGGGCUACUACGGAACCCAAAAUCCUUCUUACAAUCCUCCGGCUUAUCAUGGACACUAUCCUCCUGGUGGUGCUGCUCAGGAUUUUUCUGGAAGCAAUGCGCAGCCCGGAAUGUAUCGGCCUCCGCAGUACCCUCCACCUACCGCGGGGCGAAAUGAUGGGGUUGUGAGAUAG